AUGGUGAAUAUUUGUUUUGCGCUUCCUGGUAUAGAAGAUAGCGCGCUUUCCGAUGGACUUGAUCUCGACGCAACUGUUAAAAGUUGGGCCCAGAGGAAGUUGGCGGUCGAAGAGGUGGAGGAGGAGCUUGAGCUCGAGAAGGACGCUUUCCUUCUGCGCCUUGUGCUCGCUCUCCUUGCACUCGUCCUCCAGCCUCUUCGUCCAGUUGAGUUCGAACCUUCAAGAUGGCGCGACUCCAAUGACACUUGA